AUGGGACGAUCCAACAAGAAAGGAGACUCGACGAGACUGUUUGCGUACACGAAAGAUGGCUUCGAUGCCAUCUUCGCGCUGGAUAACAGUAAUAUUUAUGCGGUCAUCCUCUCAGAGAUGAUCUCAAACACCUUCAAGGAGGGCAUGUGGUUCAAAGCGCUUACACCGUACAUGCUGAUCAUCACUGACAACGAUCCGAUUGCCGUCGGCAACAUGAUGACCUUGAACGGGCUUACCAGAGCUUUCGUAGGUGUGUCUUCCGGAAGGCUCCUGAUCAACAAUUUCGGCAUUGACACAGUGUGGCUUCUGAGCGGCAUGGUGGGCUUGCUGGGCCUCAUGGUGAAUGUGAUCUGCUUGUGUCAAGGCUCUGUUGCGGCGGCCUAUGUGCUGAACUUCACCUGGGCAGUGUACAAUGGGCUCUGGAACUCCUGCUUGGAGACUUCUUGGGCUCGCUCCAUCAUCAAGAGCAAGAGGGAGGAUGUCAACGGAGCCAGGCAGAUUACCAACAAGGUCACGACUUCCUUGGGACCCCUGAUCUCGGCCGCCAUCUUCCUCUACUGCGGCAACCGUUGGGACGUGUCACUUGUGCAAAACGUGAUGCUCCUGGGCACGGCUAUGACUGGCUUUGUCGUGGCUAUGUGCUUCUGCUUCCGUAGCUCCCUCGAAAUACAACAGGAUCUGGCACUGAGGGAGAUCGAGAGCAUACAGUUUCCCGAGUUGCCAGAAGAUGCGGGACCUGCUCUCAGCUCAGAGGCACCAUCUACAAGCAUCACCUUGAGACCCGAAGCUAUGAGUCAAAAGGAUUUUCUGGCAGAUGAUGAUGGCUAUGUCAUGCUGACGUCGCCUCUGGGAGGGAACUCAGAUUCAUGGGCUUCGCGCAUUCGCAUAGUGACCACGAGUUACCAGGAGACUCCGCUCAUACUUGUGAAACAGUUCCACGCAGCCUUGAAGGCAGUGCCACCCGAUCAGACUAAUAGUGUGCUUCGCUUCUGUGAUGCCUCACGAGCACCUGUUGCCGUGCAAAUCGAGUCGUUGGAAGUCUAUCUCUCUCAGGUCGACGAGGCCUCCAACGAUCCUGCACCGGUUGACCUGCGAAGGAGUUCGAUGCGCUUUAGCGUGGACUGCACAGAAACUUCAAAACUGAAGACAGCGCCAUCCCUCGGGCACAUCCUGUGGGGCCUUGUUCUGGGAAGCAAUGCUCAAGCACUGCAUCGACAAGGACUGGAGGAAAGCCUGCUGGCUGUUGCGCAGCGAGAAGGAUCUCGUGGCUCUUUGUGCCCGAAGGGGAAGACUGCAACAGAGAUUCUGACUCCGAAAGGGCCGAAGCGAGGUGAGGCGUCUCAACCAGCACGAGCAAAUAUGCUGGGAGCGAACAUCAUUGUCACUUGCGAUGUUCUGAAUGCGCUUGGUGCUGGGUUCUCGUUGAAGUUCAUCGACCUGUUCCUCAAGGUGGACUACGGGGUGUCUCCAGCAGGUGUUUUCCUUGUGGCGUUCUUGCAGAACAUUUUGGGUGCCUGGCUCACACCGGUGUCAAAGACGCUGCUAGUCCGACUGCGGGCCGAGGGCUACCGUGCCAAAUUGGGCGUCGUGUUUCUGUGGUCUCUGGCCCUCUUCUUUCUGGCCUUGGUGUGCAUUCCAGGAAUGCCACUGUGGGUGGUUGUACCUUCCAUCGUCCUCAUGCAGUCGCUGAACUCUUGUACACGUGCUUUCAAUCGGGCGCAGCUAAUCAACUUCCUCCCGCGCGAAAAAAUCGCAACUUACAUGACUUGGGAUGCGCUGAACAAGGCCAACCAAGGUGGAAUUGCGAUCUUUGGAGCCCAGGUCGUUGCAUUCGCUGGCUAUCGGGGAUGUUUUGUGGGCACCUUCUUGCUGCUGUUUCUUCGUAUGCUCAUCUAUCUGACAUUUACGCUCAGAAAAGGCACGGUUUACAGAGGUGGCUACUUGCGAGAGCUCGAGCCGCGCCUGCCGACAACGCUGUCUGAGCAGUCGAUGCUUACUGCCGAGGAUCUCAACUGUGUCGAGAACUUGCGUGCGCACUUCGACGGCGAUCAGGAGUCGCAGAUGUUUCAGCCGGCGGAGGCCUUGGCUCUGGCGUCUGAGAACCCUGCCAAGCUCCGAUACAGUGGGCAGGGUGAGCUGCUCGAAGUGCAAGGGGUUGAAGAGCUUCUCUUCGACGAGAACGAGGGUGCCGCCAUCACGCCGGGGUACCAAAGAAAGACCCCUGAAUGUGUGACCCGACUCAGCUCCGGGGAGUGCUGCCUCGUGCAAAAUGCACGGCGCAGCCGGGAUCCGAAGACACUGGCCGACUUUGCGCUGAUCAAUACGACGAUCUCAAAGCUGGCUUCCUUUCAUUCAUCCACGGGACCCGAAAGCAGCGCCACGCUCUCAGUAGCCAUAGUUGCCGGUGAUAUUAUGGAGUCCAUUUCUGUUGGUCUUUGCUCAGCACACGCAGAGGAUGAGGACAGGGAGGAGAGAGAGGAUGCAGAGAUGGAGCAGGCAAAAGAGACUCAGGAGCAGUGCGCGGAGGAAGAAUGUGAGGAGGGUCAGCCGGAGCAGUGCAUUUGGUUGCUCAGCUUGCUCGCCGCGUCGUUGCCACUGAUGGCAGACUCACUGCCGGAGGACGAUAGCGGAACGUGCGUGUUACCCCAUCAGCACAGCAUGGACCUGCAGAACGCUGAUGAUUUGUGCAUGCCGAUGCGACUCUGGAAUGGCCGACCUGCAUACGACACGCAGAAGAUCUGUGAUCGGUGCAUGGAAGCCAUUCAGGAGCGCGAGUUCUACCACUGCUCACGGGACUGCGACGUGGAUUUUUGCAGAAGCUGUCAUGCAGAACUCCAGGCGGUUCUGGAUAAGCACUUUACCGCACGAAGCUCGAGGAUACCUGUGACGCACUUGGUUGAGCGCAUGGCAUGGACGAUGCAUGCAGCUGAUGAGCUUGCUUCAAAGAUCUUGCAAAGAACAAGUCGUGAACGUACGCUGCUGGCUCGCGUGCUUGCUGAGGAGUGGCCCCUAGAGAUGUUUUCAAUGCUCGUUGCUGCCAUCGUUGACGUGUGCAAUGCGAAAGUGUUGUACAACUCCUCAAACGGAGCAAUUACAUCCUCUGUUCGCUGUUCCUUCAUACACGAGCAAGAACCCUAUCAGCAGCACUCCCAGCCCAUGUACGAGGAUGAUUCAUUCUGGAAAACAGUUGGUUUCCUCCAAUUCCUGUAUGCCAGCAACAUGCUUCGCAAGGACUCGCAUGUUGGCUGCGAAGGCGAACAACGCCCAGCGGUCAACGCGCUGAGUUUUGUACCAGAAGCCAUAAACCAGUGCAGGCCCGAGGUGGAAUGGGAAUACUGGAGCGCCCACGCAGCGACUGUGACACAUGCUCUUCCGAACAUACUCUCUGACGAUUUCUCAACAACAACGCCCGAGUUUCGGUGCCUGGCCGCUCAUACCAACAUCCUGCCGAUAAACUUCCGGAGGAGCUGUGCAGUUCUGGAUGUACGUCAAUGCAUCUAUUCUGGAAAUUCCUGGCCUCAGUUGCUUCCACGACGGGUGACCAUCCGCCGUGAACCCGAGCUUCUCGUUGCCGAUCUAGAGGUUUUCCUAUCUGAAGCAGACGAAGCUCCAGAGCCAGGAACCAUGGAAUGCACAUGCGCUGAGCCAAGCGUUGCGGAGACGGAGAGGGAUGCAGAGCACGAAGUCGCGAGCCGACAGCCAGCUCGCGCGACUUUCCUUCAGCAACCGUUCCACGUCACAUUCCAGGGUGAAGAUGGACAAGGCCCUGGAGUCAGGAAGGAGUUCUUCCAUGCACGAGCCUGA